AUUUACCAAUAUCGUAGAAAUGGCUAGUGAAACUAAAACAUGGUUGGCUUUGUAUCUUGUUCUCUUAGCUGCUUGCUACAUGCAGCAUUGUGUCAGCUCAUCUCAAGUUCCUUGCCUUUUCAUAUUUGGAGACUCAUUCUCUGAUAGUGGAAACAAUAACUAUAUUCAAACCACUGCAAAUGCUAAUUACAGACCAUAUGGCAUUGACCUUCCUGGCGAACCAACCGGAAGAGCUACCAAUGGAAGAACAAGAAUUGACAUAAUUGGCCAACUACUUGGAUUUGAGAAUUUGAUUCCACCCUAUGCAAAUACCACUGGCUAUGACAUACUCAAAGGUGUUAACUAUGCAUCUAUUUCAAGUGGAAUUCUUGACGAGACCGGCAAAAAAACCGCGGGUACUAAUAUCGCUUUGGGAUUACAAAUACAAAAUCACAAAAUCAUAGUUUCCAAAGUUGUUGCAAAGCUUGGAGGUUUGGCACAAGCCACAGAUUAUCUAUCAAAGUGCUUGUAUUAUGUUUUCAUCGGAACCAACGAUUACUCAUUAAAUUAUUUCCAGCCACAAUAUUACCCAACAAAUAGCAUCUAUAAUCCUGAAGACUAUGCUCAAUUUCUUAUCAAUCAUUUAUCAGCUUAUCUACAUGAUUUACAUAAAAAUGAAGCAAGAAAACUCGUGCUAGUCGGAUUGGAUAAAAUAGGCUGUUCUCCACUUGCCAUUGCCGAUCAAGCGAAACUUGAUGGAUCAUGUGAUGAAAAACAAUGUGUUGAAAAACAGAAUGCUGCUGCAUUAAUAUUUAAUCAGAAACUUAAAAAUCUAACGGAACAAAUCAAUUACCACAUCCGUUAUUCCAAAACCAUCUUUAUAAAUUCUACUGCCAUCGCCCUAGACAAAUCAGUUGGUUUUAUAGUUACAAAUGUUUCAUGCUGUCCAACGAAGGCGAAUGGAUUUUGUUUUCCUAAUUCAAUAGCAUGCACUGAUAGAAAUGAGUAUGUUUAUUUUGAUGGAAUUCAUACCACAGAAGCUGUGAACAACCUUCUUGCAUUAGCAUCGUACAAUAGUGCUUCUUAUCCAGGUGUGGCUUAUCCAAUAGAUAUCAACCAACUUGCUCAGUAUAUUACUGGAAAGGAGACUUAUUCAGAAUGAUAUCCUUAAAUUAUGAUAAUCUCAAAUUAUCAUGUUUAAGUAAUAAGCAAUACUAUUUCUUUUCAGCGAAUAAGCAAUUAUAUUGCAUAAGAAUAAAGUAGGAUUACUGUCCUAGUCCUUAAUGUUAUUUUUU